UACUCAUAUCAAAGUCAAGCCUUCCUUUAUCUCUUCCCCUUUACAACUUCUUUCAUCUCCGAAAUCAUAACAUGGCGGCAAAGCUUUUAUCCACCGGUUUCCGUCACUCUACUUUGCCGGAAAACUAUGUCCGGCCACUCUCUGACCGUCCACGUCUCUCCCAAGUUUCUCAGCUUGAAGAUUUCCCUCUCAUCGAUAUAUCUUCAACAGAUCGAUCUCGGCUCGUCCAAAAAAUCCACCAAGCUUGCGCCCGAUUUGGUUUCUUUCAGGUUAUAAAUCAUGGUGUUAGCAAAGCAACUAUAGAUGAGAUGGUGAGUGUUGCGCAUGAGUUUUUUGGCAUGCCUAUGGACGAAAAAAUGAAGCUAUACUCGGACGAUCCAACAAAGACACCGAGAUUAUCGACGAGCUUUAAUGUGAAGGAAGAAGAGGUUAAUAAUUGGAGAGACUAUCUAAGACUUCAUUGUUAUCCUAUCGACAAGUAUGUCCAUGAGUGGCCUUCCAACCCACCUUCUUUCAAGGAAGUUGUGAGUAAAUACAGUAGAGAAAUAAGAGAAUUGGGACUUAAAAUAGAGGAAUUGAUAUCAGAGAGCUUAGGUUUAGAAAAAGAUUACAUGAAGAAAGUGCUUGGUGAACAAGGUCAACACAUGGCAGUCAACUAUUAUCCUCCAUGUCCUGAGCCUGAGCUCACCUAUGGUUUACCUGCUCAUACCGACCCAAAUGCCCUCACCAUUCUUCUCCAAGAUGCUACCGUUUGCGGUCUCCAGAUCUUGAUCGACGGUCACUGGUUUGCUGUUAAUCCUCGUCCUGAUGCUUUUGUCAUCAACAUUGGUGACCAGUUGCAGGCAUUGAGUAACGGAGUAUACAAAAGUGUUUGGCAUCGAGCAGUGACAAACACUGAAAACCCGAGACUAUCGAUCGCAUCAUUUAUGUGUCCUGAUAACGGUGCUGUCAUAAGCCCGGCAAAGCCCCUGUGGGAAGCCAAGGAGGAAGAGGCCAAGCCAAUCUACAGAGACUACACUUAUGCAGAGUACUACAAGAAGUUUUGGAGUAGGAAUCUGGACCAAGAACAUUGCCUCGAAAACUUUCUAAACGACUAGUUAAUUGCCUCGAGAUCUUUGUGUUUACGCAGUAACGCAGAGUACUACAAUAAGUGUUUAAGUGUAUACUACGUAUCCAUUUUUCAUUUAAGAAAUGAUUAACAAUAAUAGUAACCAUUUAUCAGUUC